AACCUCCCCAGUCCCACCGCACUCUACAACAUUAACGCCACUAAGCUAUCCUCAUAUUUUCUUCCCACUGCCCUCCACAAUGUCUUUGCUCACCCACCUCACUGUCUUACUCGUCUUUAUCGCCGCUUCCCCCCCGUCGACAGCUGCCGCGGACUCGCCGACGGUGUACGAAGCUCUCCAGUCCUAUGGUUUUCCCGUAGGCCUUCUGCCGGUGGGCGUCACCAGCUACAAAGUGGACACCGCCACUGGCAAAUUCUCCGUCCAUUUGAACGAAGCCUGCAGCUUCACCAUUCACGGGUAUGACCUCAAGUACAAGACCACAAUCACCGGCACGAUUUCCGCGAAUAAAAUCAAAGAUCUGAAGGGUAUUCAAGUCAAAGUGCUGCUCUUCUGGGUGAAUAUCAUAGAGGUGACUAAGGACGGCGAUCAGCUGGAACUCUCCGUCGGGAUUGCGUCGGCUGAUUUCCCGGUGGACAACUUUUACGAGAGUCCGCAAUGUGGUUGUGGAUUUGACUGUGUGAAUAGGGGGAAAAGGUGUGGAGAACUUACCUUCAAAAGGCUUGUUCCUCUUUUUCAACUAUGAUUACAUGCAUCCACAGGUAAUGCUGCCCAUGCUUUGAAUUUGCUUCGCUUUGUAUCAAUACUAUCACCAAUAACAAACUUUAACUACAGUUUCCGGUUGAUAACCGAUAUUGAUUCUGAUUAA